GGGGGCGGUAUAAAAAACGGCUAAACGCGCGGUCGGGUAGCUCAGUCUCUCAGGUUCUCCAAAGGUAUCAACCUCCUGCAGAAGGGCAGUCAACCUGCAACAUACAGAGUUCAAGAUGAUUACAACGCUCCUUGCGUUGUUUUUGUUGUUGACGCCAACCCUUCAGCAAGACACUACGAAGAACGCGUCUGGGCCUGACCCAGGCAUUAUCAUUUCAUCUGUCCAAGUUAGCACAGCUCCUAUUAUCAUCUCCAAGCCCCAGAGAAAGCCAGUCUCAGGCACCACCAACAAAGAAAAUGAGAGUUCAACGCGCACGGCCAGAGGAUUAGACAGAGAUUUUUACUCGCCCUCCGAGCACUUCCAGUCUUUCCUGCAACCACCCUAUCCCUUGACUGGCCCAGGAUCUGUUGGACAAACACCCUUCAGGCCAGAUUACUACUUUGCUGGACUUCUUCCUUACGCUACAGCGACGCGCCCUGUUUGCCAAUUAGCCCCUGCCCCCUGUGAUCCACAAGCUCGCUACAGGACAUUGGAUGGCUCAUGCAACAACCUGCGCAACCCCACCUGGGGAAUGACCGGAUCUCUCUUCAAUCGACUCAUUCCACCCAGAUACGCCGACAAUGUUGCUGCACCUGUUGAAGAAGGUCUACCUCUAUCCCGCGUGCUUAGUUCCACUCUUUUCCCUGACGUGAACCUUGUUGACCCCAUUUGGACUCUAGUUGCCAUGCAGUGGUCGCAGGUGGUUACGCACGACAUGUCCAUGGCCGCCGGCUCCAGACAACACAAGCCAAAGCCCAUUGAGUGUUGCGCCUCAGACGGCCACGACCUGGCACGCGAUUUGGCCGCUAAGGCCGGAUGCUACCCCAUCAGGAUCCCUGCUGACGACCCUUUCUAUGCGCAGCACAAUCAGCGUUGCAUGGACUUCAUGCGCUCCAGCAACGACGUCAGCACUGGUUGCAACAUGUAUGGUCCCGCUAACCAGAUGACAGCGGUGACGAGCUACCUUGAUCUCUCCCUCGUUUACGGAUCUAAUCUGGAAACAGCCCAAAGUCUCAGAGAGCAGCAAAGUGGCCGCUUGAUCUCGCAAGUGCGCCGCAACCGUCAGUGGCUGCCUGAGAGCACUAACCGCUCUGCGGAUUGCGAAAAUGUGGACGACAAUGAACCCUGUUAUAGAUCCGGUGACGUACGAGUGAACCAAAACCCAGGACAGGCUUUGGUUCAGACUUUGAUGCUGCGCGAACACAACAGACUGGUGGAAAGCCUUCACCAACUGAACCCCCACUGGAACGACGAAACCCUUUACCAAGAGGCAAGGAGACUUGCAGUUGCUCAGUUCCAGCACAUAACUUACUACGAAUGGCUGCCUGUUAUUCUUGGAUACCAAAAUGUGGUGCAGCUGGGUCUGAUUCAGGAGAGAGGUGGAUACAGUCACGACUAUGACGAGCAAGUGGACGCGACGGCAAUCAAUGACCACGCCGCUGGCGCCUUCAGACACCUUCACACCCUCAUCACCGGCGAGAUCAUAGAAGUUGACGCCGAGCGACGUGCAGUGGACGCCAUUCGACUGAGCGACUAUUUUAACCGCCCAGUUAUUAUUGAGCGCGGCGCCAAUCUGGACCACUUUGUACGUGGCCUUGCUACUCAGCCCCAACACGCGCCCGACCGCUAUUUCUCGUCUGAGAUUACCAAAUUCAUGUUCCGCGCCAACAAGACUUUCGGCCUCGAUUUGCGCAGCAUUGACAUCCAGCGCGGAAGGGACCACGGCUUGCCUUCGUACAAUGAAUACCGGGUUCUUUGCGGAUUGCCCAAAGCACACACCUUUGCUGAAUUUGCGGACAUCAUGGACGCGAAGUCUGCGGAGGAGCUUUCGUAUAUUUACAACUCUCCAGACGACGUUGACAUGUUAGUGGGAGGUGGACUGGAGUACAAUUUGCCUGGUGCCCUUUCAGGCCACACAUUUACUUGUAUCAUGGGAGAGCAAUUCCGUCGCACCCGCCGUGGAGAUCGUUUCUGGUUUGAACUUGAAGGCCAACCCUCAUCCUUCACUCCAGAGCAACUUCGCGAAAUUCGCAAGUCCAGCUUGGCCAAAAUGUUCUGCGAGAACGCCGACCACGUGACCGAAAUGCAGCACUACGCCUUCAAGAGACCUUCUAAUACGAACCCGAUUGUGCCUUGCGAUCAACUGCCGGCAUUGGAUCUCCGCUACUGGCAAGAGCAGCCGAUUACACCUCCGGCCGAGGAGAGCAAUUACUACAACUACUUGAUCCCUGAUUUUCUUGGAAAGAAGUAGUUGAAUCAAUCACCUCAUUCCGUCAUCCACAUCCAGCGCCGCCAUAUAAAACCGAGCCAUUACUUUAUUUCGUCUUUUUUGCAUAUUUCUUCAACGCUCAUCCAAUAAUCGCAAUCAAUUUCGCAUAACCAUUAAGUAAUUUAGUCAUUUUCAUCGCAUCCCUUCAGCAUUUUUAUUUGUAGAUUUCAAAAAAUAAAUGUUCUCACUAAGUUAUUUUUUUAUAUUAUCUAGAUUUUUUGUCUCUAAAAGGACAUUUAACGAAAAAGUGUAAAACAAAAAAUAAAUCUAAUAAAAAA